CGUGAGAUACGGACUUAGGGAGUGUCUCGUAAAGUACCUCUAAACCUACUUUCCGAGGUGGCCCUUGAGGGUUAGGUAGCGACAAUGACAAAAUAGGGAAGUCCGGUCGUAGUUAUCACCAACGCGGAGCCUUCAUUGAGCUCUCAAACUACUCACAUUUCCACAAAAAAUGGCGUCGCUUGACAUGUAUUAAUCAGAAGGGUCAUCUUCGUCCUAUUCUUCUGAGUUUGCAAUCCCAAAUUCCAAGUCAUUCACUUGCUUGUCAACUCUUUUCCUCUGGCUAAUCAAACCCAAUGGACACACACAAUAAAAUAACAUCUCAAGCAAGCUCGUCCACUUAGUCUAGAAAUAAACAGAAAAUGCAAAGGAUAAAAAGAAGAAUCGCACUAAAACUUUGCGACGAUGGACCCAAUCAUGCAUUAUGAGUAUAACAAUCCCUAGAUGUUGAGUGACGAAAAUAACCUCAAGAUAACUAAUUAAUUAAAAUCGCAAAUGAAAACGGUGAAAGUUGCUAUGUAUUGAAAAUGUAAAAGCCACACAUUGUCAUGAAAUACAAGACAAUCCCUAUUAAUCAAAACGAUGAUAUUUUAUUCCACUACCGUAUGUUAUUUUCCAUUCGUGUUGUAUACGGACUUCAUUUCCUCUCUUCAACUUACUAACAUGUUCAAGCCGAUUUCUGUAAAGGAUAUUUUUUCGAUGAGUUUGAACCUUUAUGGUAACUUUUGAUAACUAACAUAAUUUAAAUAUAAAUGGCAAUUAUAAAGAGUCCACAACAUUUACCAAAGAAUCCCCUAAGGAAUCUUGAACUGAAGAAUUAUAUAUUACAAAGAGUUAUAUUCCACAUUGAACUUUAGAGAGACAUUGUAAAUAGCUAUACUUUGCUAAUAUUCUUUAAAUUAGAGUCUUCAUCAUUAAAUUUAUUAAAAUACUUGAAUCUUAGAUGAUUCUCGUAAAAAAAAAAUGAACAUGUAAACUUCUUCGAUUGAACAAAAAAAGAAAAAGAAAGAAAAAAGAAACUACUGUUUAGAAUGAUAAAAUGUAUAUUUUUCCUCUUUCAUCAAUCUUACCAUUCAUGAAGUCUCAGACUAGGCUAUUUUAGACCAUUUAAAUUUUUUAGGGGAGCCUAAAUCUAUUUCAAGGGUGGAAAUAACGUGAGCCUAAAAAAAAACCAAAUAAUCAUUGGUAAUCAAUUCAAAUGAGAGUUAGUAAAUCAAAACUAAGUAGUACAUAAAUUAAAAAAAUAAAAGUUGGCUAGUCACAUAAAAAAGUUGGUAAUUUCAUAUACUAGGUGAAAAAUUUAAAGCGUUGGUGAGGAAGGUUAAUAAGCAUUGGUAGAGGAUCAAAUAAGUUUUAAAUAAUGAAUAUUAAGCGCUGAAAAGUAAUGAAAAUGAAAUUAAUUAAUUAGUUUUAUUGUUUUCAAACUAUACUUGGUAUAAUGGGCAUUAUCGGAAGGUUUUGAUAAUAUAACGAGUAAAAUCUUAUUUUCCAUUGUAUGUUUUAUCACUUAAUUAAGUAAGUCAUUCUUGGUUACCAUAAUGAGUGAUUUUUUACAUAAACCAAUUAAUCAAGUUGUGUGUAUUUUGUGGUUAUCAAACACACCUAAUGAUAUUAAGUGCUGAAAAGUUUAAUUUCAAAACUUAAUAUGGUUAUCAAAGGAAAAAAAAAAAGGUAAUAAAAGGAAGCUGUAGAAUAAUAUACUAAAUAUAGAGACAUCAUCAAUAUUAAGCCACGAUAUCCAUAUUGAUAACAAAUCAUAUACUAUAUGCGAUUCAAUUCAAUAAAAUGAAAGUAUUUCUAUAAUAAGCGGCAUGGAUUUCCCGAUGAGGAAACACUGUCUAUAUUGGAGUCAUAUCACCUAGAUCUAAUCAAAAGCUUACUCAGGUUGUGGAGACUUUCCCCUUCAAUCACCAAUUGCCAUCUUCUCUUUCUUCCGAUUUUCUAAAUCCACAGCUAAUUCGAAUCCAAUUCUAUAUACUACAACCACCAUUAAACACACACACUCUCUCUCUCUCUCGUGGCUCAAAGAGCAAGAAGCAGAGAGCAGAGAGAAUGGAGAGAAACCCUAAAGCUCGUUCUUCUCUUCUUCUCUUCUCUUUACGUAUCUUGUCGUCGCUUGUUCACAUCCAUGGAAAGAAGCAAGGAGACGCUCUUGAUUCUCUAUACAAAGCGAAAUUGGAGAAGUCAGGGAUCGACACAAGCCUUUUCCAGGCUAGUGAUCACCAUGAAAGUCUCAAUUCUAGGAUUUAUCGUCAAGAAGGACUCAAGGAGAAAGAUAGGAUCAAAAGAUUGCCUGGACAACCGCUGGUCGAAUUCGAUCACUAUGGUGGUUAUGUCACCGUCGAUGAAUCAGCCGGUCGAGCGCUUUUUUAUUAUUUUGCCGAAGCGGGGCGAAAUAAGGACUCGAUGCCGCUUCUUCUAUGGCUUAACGGAGGUCCCGGUUGUUCAUCUCUCCAUGGAGCAAUGGAGGAACUCGGACCGUUCCGAGUCCAUAGCGACGGGAAGACUCUCUACAGAAAUAAAUUUGCAUGGAAUAUAGCUGCGAAUGUGUUGUUCCUAGAGUCUCCGGCUGGUGUCGGUUUUUCUUAUUCUAACACAACGUCCGACUAUAGCGCGAAUGGAGACAGGAAAACAGCCGCGGACAAUUAUGUAUUCUUGUUAAAUUGGCUGGAGAGGUUUCCCGAGUACAAGAACCGCGACUUCUACAUUUCAGGCGAGAGCUACGCGGGUCAUUACGUACCUCAGCUCGCUCACAACAUCCUAUCCAACAACAAGAAGGCAAACAAGACCCUUAUCAACCUCAAAGGGAUUAUAAUUGGAAAUGCAGCAAUCAACGACGAGACGGAUCAUAAAGGAAUGUACGAGUACUUCACCACGCAUGCGUUGAUAUCCCAAGAAACAUGGUACGCAAUUCAAAAGUAUUGUGACUUUUCACCAAAUGUCACUGAUCAAGUAAGCCAAUGCAAAUCGGCUAUGGCGGAUGUGGGUAAUAGUGUUUCUCCUAUUAACAUUUACGACAUCUACGCCCCUUUGUGCUUCUCCAACCUGACUGCUUAUCCCAAGAAGACCAACAUCAUGAACUUAGACCCGUGUAGCGGCAUCUACAUGCAUGCGUACCUUAACAGUGAAGAUGUGCAAGAGGCACUUCAUGCUAACGUGACGAAGCUCGAUCACCGUUGGGAAGGGUGCAGUGUUGUUAUCGAGAGCUGGGGAGAUAGCCCUUUUACCAUCAUCCCUCUCCUCCAAGAAUUCAUGUCCAAUGGGCUCCGUGUUUGGGUGUUCAGCGGGGAUACGGAUGGAAGAGUGCCGGUGACUUCAACCCAGAGGUCUCUUAGCAAGAUGAGCCUCCGCACAAAGAGUCCAUGGCGUCCUUGGUUCCUCGGGGGCGAGGUCGGAGGGUACGUGCAAGUGUACGAGGGAGACUUGACGUUUGCGACGGUACGAGGAGCGGGGCAUAUGGUGCCGAGCUAUCAGCCCAAGAGAGCGCUCUCUCUCAUCUCUCACUUCCUUGCUGGAUCUCUACUCCCAUCAAAAUAGACCCUUCCAGUGUUUCAAGAUGAUGGAUUAAUGCCUGAGGACUCACUUUUCUCUCCAGUAUCUUUCUCUUUCUGUGAUUAUUCACACGGGCGCACGUGGAAUUCUUCGGUUAUUUAGGAAUUCAAGAAAUUCAUUGGUUCUCUUUUAACAAAGAUAUUGAUUCGGACAGAAAUAUGAAAGCAUGGAAAAUUUGCAAAAAUAUUGAGAUGUCCGUGUGAGUUGUGCUAAAUAAGUCUCACACCGAAGAAUUUAUAUGGUGUAGAGCAGUUAAUAUAUCUAUAUUGUGACAUCCCUGGAUUAACUAACGGAGAUAUUGUCCGCUUUGACCCGUCCUAUACCGAGUCUCACGAUUUUGUCA